AUGGAAAGACAAUUAGAAACAUUCAUAUUACAUUUAAAAAGAAAAAAUGUUGUUGGAUCAUAUCAGGUAUCAAGAGCUACAGCAGAGUUAUUAAGACAUUGGGUAUCAAAAGAGAAAUGGUCAAAUGCCAAAACAUUAAUUGAAGCAAUUAGAGCCAUUGGUAAAAGAUUAAUUGAUGCACAACCUUUAGAGUUUUGUAUUGGUAAUAUAGUUAGAAGAGUAUUAUUUAUUAUUAGAGAAGAGUAUUUAGCAAUUAAGAAAAAUACAGAACUUGAAAGUGCAACAUCCAGCACCACUAGCAAAUCACCAUCAUCAUCAGCAUCAUCAUCCACCACAACCUCACCAACCCCAGCAUCACCACAAACUACAGCAGUCCACAAUUUAUCAUCAUCAACAUCAGCAACUUCACAAUUAAGAUCCGAAACAUCAUCAAAACAUUUAUUAAGUUAUGAAGAUAACGAAGAUAUUGAUUUUACUGAAAAUUUCCCAAGAUUAAAAGCAGCCAUUAUUGAUAGCGUUAAUGAACUCAUUGAUGAAUUGGAAGGUCUUCAUAGAAAUGUUGCCGAUCAAGCAAUUGAGCACAUUCACUCUAACGAAACCAUUAUGACUUUAGGUUGUUCAAAAACUGUUGAAGAAUUUUUAAAAGAAGCCGCAAGAAAAAGAUCAUUCAAAGUUAUUGUUGUUGAAACUUCACCAUCACUUGAAGGUCAAAAAACAGCAUUAACAUUAUCAAAAGCAUCAAUCGAUACAACACUUAUUACAGACUCUGCAGUAUUUGCAAUGAUGUCACGUGUUAAUAAAGUUAUUAUAGGUACACACGCUGUUAUGGCAAAUGGUGGUUUAAUCGCUACAUCAGGUACUCAUUUAUUAGCAGUCGCUGCUAAAUAUCAUUCAGUUCCAAUUGUAGUUUGUACAGGUCUUUAUAAACUUUGCCCAUUAUAUGCUUAUGAUCAAGAUACUUUCAAUAAUUUUGGUUCACCAGGCGAAUACUUAAAAUUUGAAGAAGCAGAAUAUUUAGAGCAUGUACACAGUUACAAUCCAACCUUUGACUAUAUCACACCUGAUUUAAUCAGCUUAUUUAUAACCAAUAUUGGUGGUCACAACCCCGAUUAUCUUUACAGAUUAAUUCAAGAGUAUUACGAUCCAAGAGAUUCUUUAGAAGAUGAUCAAUAA